UUUACGUCAUGGCCUCAUCGAAGGUCUGCGAUGCCUCAUUUGCCAUGCCUAAAUCGCCCCCGCCAUCUUCUCCGGCGAUGGCGAACUCGAAACAAAGCUUGUGGGAGGAACCGCAGACGCAUCAAAACAGGCUCUCGAAGAGACAGAUGGAGUCUCUCGUGGCCUUCUGUGACACCUUACUUCCCUCCUUGGAUCCUCCUUCUCAUAACUCCGACGAUGAUUCCGGCGAUCUCGACGGCGUUGCCGCCUUCUACAGAACCUCUGCCUCCAUGGCCGGAAUUCCUGAACGUCUCGGAGAGGCUGUGUCAGGAGGUAUGGUACACCCGCAGAUGAUGAUAUUACGUCUAGCUUUACUUCUGUUAUCGACAUGGUACGGAACACUUCUGCUCUGUGGUUGGCGUAGCCUCUCUCCACAAUUCCCAUUUGUUAGAAGGUUCGCGUUGCUGGAACAGAAUAAGCGGGAGGAGAUAGUAUAUUCCUGGUCCUCCAGCAGCUUUCGUCACCUAAGGAUGUUGUAUACUUGUAUCAAGUGCACCACCAUGCGCCUCUAUUUCGCUCAGGUCGACGAAAAGCAUGAGAACCCGUCCUGGAAGGCAAUUGGCUACUGCGGACCCGAUCCAACACAUGUUGACCAUAGUCAAACCACCACAGACCACCGUGAAACUCUCCUUCAGUCAGCUCUCCUCCACCUAAACCACGCGCCGGAGAUUAUUUCCGGCAAACUCCGUCAAGCCGGUUUCCCUUCACCCACAUUUACACCCACCAACAAGCCCACCCUCCACUGCGACGCUGUAAUCAUCGGCUCCGGCUCCGGCGGCAGCGUAGCCGCCGGUGUCCUAGCCGCCGCCGUAGCCGCUGGUGUCCUAGCCGCCGCCGGCCACAAAAUUCUCCUCAUCGAAAAAGGUCACUUUUACUCCACUUCCGAACUCUCCCUCCUCGAGGGCCCCACCUGCUCCGCCAUGUACGAAGGCGGCGGCAUUGUCGCCACCGACGACGUUUCCAUCUUUCUCCUCGCCGGGGCCACCGUCGGCGGCGGCUCCACCAUCAACUGGUCUGCUUCUAUCCCCACCCCAGAUAUCGUCCGGCGCGAAUGGCGCCACCUGCGGCGGCUCGAUCUGUUUGGAAGCGAGGCGUACGAUCGCGCGCUGGAAGCGGUUAGCCGGCGCUUGGGCGUACAGUCAGGGGUGAAGGUGGAGGGUUUUAACAAUGAAGUGUUAAGGCGGGGAUGUAAGGCAGCGGGGUACGAUGUGGCGGACGUGGGGUGUAAUGCGCCGCCGGAUCAUUAUUGCGGGUGGUGUCAGUGGGGGUGUAAGGAUGGAAAGAAGAAGAGCGCUUUGGUGACGUGGCUGGAUGAUAUGGCGAGGUCGGGAAAUGGGUUCAUUCUUCCGGGCUGCCGUGCUGUUGAAGUUAUUAAGGUCCGGGGAAAACAGCGCCCGGAAGCAGCCGGCGUCGUCGUGGAAUCUUCCGCCGGCUUGCAAUUCACAAUUAGGUCCAAGGUGACGGUUGUGGCCUGUGGAGCCCUCAACACCCCGCGUCUUCUUAAGCGAAGCGGGCUGAGGAACAAACACAUUGGAAGAAAUCUGCACCUUCAUCCCGUUGCAAUGGCGUGGGGCUACUUCCCGGAAACCUCCGGUUGGCCGGAGAAGAUGAAAAGAAGCUACGAAGGUGGAAUACUCACUUCAAUGUCACGGCCAAAGGAUUCAAACAACGUAAUCCUCCAAACACCUUCCAUUCACCCAGGUAUAUACGCCGCUCUCACCCCAUGGACCUCUGCCUCCGAUUUCCGCUACAGAAUGCGCCGAUUCGCAAGGAUCGCUCACAUAUUCGCGCUGGUAAGAGAUCAGGGUAGCGGCGCAGUUGAUUACCCGGGGAAAAUAACGCAUCGGCUCGCUCCGGAUGAUGAGAAGGGGCUGAAGGAGGGGUUGGAGGCGGCGAUUAGGGUUUUGGAGGCGGCGGGAGCGGAGGAGGUGGGGACGCAGUGGGUGGGAGGGGAUAAGGGGAGAGGCAGGGAUGGGGUGGAGAGGGUUCUUAAUGGGGUGAGGAAAAGGAGGAUUGGGGAUUUGAGGACGCCGAUGUGUUCGGCUCAUCAGAUGGGGAGCUGUAGGAUGGGGAUGAACGAGGAGGAGGGUGCGGUGGGUCCGAACGGCGAAGUUUGGGAGAUGGAGGGUUUGUUUGUGGUGGAUACUAGUGUUUUUCCUACGGCGCUCGGUGUGAAUCCUAUGGUGACAGUGCAGGCUCUGGCAUAUUGCAUUUCCAAGAGCGUGGAUGAGCUGCUGCGGAGGAAGAUGGUGGAUUCGGCAAGAUUUUCGAUCUGAUUUUGAUCCGCUGAUUGAUUGAGGUAUGAAUUUUUUUUUCUUUUCUAUUUCGCUAUUUUGAUGAGAUCUGAAUUGUUGUAUUUUGAAAUUGGAUAAAAUGGAUUAUGGAUUACAGAAGAUGAUAAGCUAUAGUGGAGUGUGUGAAAUAAAUCAUUUCUCAUUUAACAAUAUAUAAAGUUAUUAUUAUGAUCUGGGUGAAAAUCUUAGUGAGGAUACCUUGAUUUUUUUUUUCUCUUAGAAAUCUUUGAAUCCACAAAAUCUGAGAGAGUGUCUGAUAUUAGGAUCAGAUUAGGGGUGUACAUUUGAUUGAUUUGGUUUACAAAUUAGUUAAAUUAAUUAAUUUUGAUCAUAAAAUUCA